GUCGCUGCAUCUUCUUCUUCAUCCAUCGAUUUUCUCAAUUAGGGUUCUGAUUUUUCCUCCCAUUGUUGUUCUCCUUCUCCGUUUCGUUUCAAUUACAGAACAAAGCUUCGUUUCUCCAGGUUUAAGAAAGAAUGGAAGGUACAGACGAUGCUUGUGCACUUCAAGAGCCUCCUGACCCCGAAGUGCUCGAAGUUGAUCCAACUUUUCGAUAUAUACGGUAUAAAGAGGUUAUUGGAAAAGGCGCAUUCAAGACUGUUUAUAAGGCAUUUGAUGAAGUAGAUGGGAUUGAAGUCGCAUGGAACCAAGUACGAAUAGAUGAUGUUUUGCAGUCACCGAAUUGCCUUGAGAGGCUGUAUUCUGAAGUGCGUCUGUUGAAAUCAUUGAAGCACAAUAAUAUUAUUAGGUUUUAUAACUCAUGGAUCGAUGAUAAGAACAAGACAGUUAACAUAAUAACUGAGCUAUUCACUUCAGGGAGCCUCCGACACUACCGCAAGAAACACAGGAAGGUGAACAUGAAGGCUGUGAAGAAUUGGGCGAGGCAGAUUUUAAUGGGUUUGAGAUAUCUUCACGGUCAAGAGCCACCGAUUAUACAUCGGGAUCUCAAAUGCGAUAACAUUUUUAUCAAUGGAAACCAUGGAGAAGUGAAAAUAGGAGAUCUUGGUCUAGCCACUGUCAUGGAGCAAGCUAACGCCAAAAGUGUGAUUGGAACCCCGGAGUUUAUGGCACCCGAGCUUUACGAUGAGAACUACAACGAAUUGGCUGAUAUUUAUUCAUUUGGGAUGUGUAUGUUGGAGAUGGUGACAUUUGAAUAUCCCUACUGUGAAUGCAAAAACUCUGCUCAGAUAUACAAAAAGGUUUCAUCGGGAAUAAAACCUGCUUCACUCUCCAGGGUUAAAGACCCAGAAGUAAAACAGUUUAUAGAGAAAUGCUUACUUCCUGCAUCCGAGAGGCUGUCAGCAAAAGAGCUUUUACUGGACCCUUUUCUGCAACUAAAUGGUUUAACAAUGAACAAUCCUUUGCCGCUUCCCGACAUUGUAAUGCCCAAAGAAGGCGCAUUUGGAGACCGUUGCCUUAUGUCUGAAGGCCCUCCUACAACACGGCCUAGUAAAACCUUGUCUAUAGAUCUGGAUGAAGACAGUAACCUGCCUAUUGUUACUUUUAGCGACAAUUCAGGAUCCAGGUGUAUUGAGGUUAGACGCGCAAAGAGAGGGAAUUUCUUUGUCCUCAAGGGUGAAGAAAACGAUGAGCAGUCUGUGUCCCUAAUUCUUCGUAUAGUAGAUGAGAAUGGGCGUGUAAGGAACAUUCAUUUCCUAUUCUAUCAAGAAGGUGACACUGCUUCUAAGGUGUCGAGUGAGAUGGUUGAGCAACUCGAGUUAACUGACCAGAACGUCACGUUUAUAGCCGAGCUAAUUGAUAUACUACUCGUCAACAUGAUACCCACCUGGAAAACUGAUGUCACAGUCGAUCAUCUCAUCCAUUCGCAACUGAAUCAGAACUCAAGAAGUCAUCAUAACGAAGCAAAGCCACAGAAACAAGAGGAGACUACUUUCCAUGAUGCUUGUGAGUCGGUUCGUCACUCAUGGAACUCGGACUGCCCACGAUCAGAUGAGGAAGAUAAGCAAUGCGUCGAUGCCACAAAAGGAGAAAACGGGAGCUCCAAUAAAGAAGCAGAAGAAGCAACAGAACCAGUAAGUUUGGAGGAAGAAGAAAGGUUAAGGCAGGAACUGGAGGAGAUAGAAGCUAAGUAUCAGGAAGAGAUGAAAGAGAUAGCAACGAAAAGAGAAGAAGCCAUUAUGGAGACAAAGAAAAAGUUGUCUCUCAUGAAGUUGAAGUAAAAGCCAAAAAGCUCAACAAAUCAAAGACGUUCUUCAUU